GUACGUACUAUAUGCAUGAGUCGUCUACUCUCAGGCCGCUCUGAUCCGUUGAUAUGGCAUAUAUAUGCAUGCAUCUAUAGAAGUACUUAUGGCAGCUGCUCUGUCAUAUAAUUAUUAACUUAGCUGACAAGGAGAAGAGGCAUGAAGCUAAGUUUCUUAAUUAGUUUGUUGUGCUCUUGGUGAUGACACGUAGCACUUGAUGAUAAGAGCUAGAUUUACGUAAGAUCAUAACAUGAUACUCUUAUCUUAUCGCAUCUCAUCUCAUUUAAUUCUAUCAUCCCACGUGUAAAUCCGGGAAAAACUAACUAUAGCUAACUAUGGAGAAAGUUGGAGGGACGUUGAUGCGGGAGAAAAUUUUAUGGGAGGUGAACGAAAAUGGUCAGUGGCUUAGGAAGUGGUAUUGAUACUUACAGUAGAUAUUGAAAGGAAAAUUAAAAAUUUAUACUACUGGAUAUGCAAGUUCUUUGAAAAUAGUCUAAAUAGAGUUGAUUUUUUUAAAAAGAAUUUAUACACUCUAGACUUGGAUAAAUCAUUUUUCGAAAGACUGAUUCAAUAUUAAAGAGGUGUUGCUUUAUUCAAAUCAUAUAUCAUGAUCUUGCUGAUCUUUUUCUGUAUAUAUCCUAAUCCUUUAGACCAAUUUUCUUUCUUCUGCAAAGCCACCCAACAAAAUGAGUCCAAAUCUGCUUUCUCUUCCUCCUAUUUAUUUGUUUGGGAAGUGGGAACCACAUGCAUGCAUCUAAUGCGUGGAAAAAUUAUGAUAAUUUGUAUAAAUGUCAUGACACGUAAUCAGACAAUUAUCUCUUUGACUUCAAAUAUUCCAUCAUCUUUUUCCUCCUGCUCCAUGUAUCUCCACACACACACAGACACAGAGAGAGAGAGAGAGAGAGAGAGAGAGGUCAAUGGAGAAGGAGAUUCAUAUCCUAGUAUUGCCUUACCCCGCGGUAGGUCACAUAAACCCUAUGCUUCAAUUCUCCAAGCGCCUAGCCUCAAAGGGUCCCAAGGUUACUCUGGUCAUGACCGGUACCAUGUCUACUGGCUAUAAAUCCAUGCAAGCCCAAGCCAGAUCCGUAGCCAUCGAGCCCAUCUCCGAUGGCUCCGACGAAGCCAAAAGCUUGGGAAAUUGGGAUCACGAUCUUUUCAAAGCGAUGGUUUCAGAGAGCUUGGCGAAGCUCAUUGAGAAACUGGGAAAGAGCUCCAAAUACCCACCAAAAUGCCUGGUGUAUGACUCGGUUAUGCCUUGGGCAAUAGACGUGGCCCGACACUAUGGCCUGACCGGAGCUGCGUUUUUCACCCAGUCAUGUGCCGUGAAGGCCAUCUAUUAUCAUGCCCAUGUAGGAUCAAUAUUAAGGAUGCCCUUAGAGGGGCCUACAGUAUCUCUGCCCUCGUUGCCAUUGCUAGGGAUCGAUGAUCUACCUUCCUUCCUUUGUGACACAGACUCCUACCCAGCUUUUCUCACCCUCGUAUUGAACCAAUUCUCCAAUAUCCAGGAAGCAAAUUGGAUAUUGUGCAACACUUUUGAUAUGCUGGAAGAUGAGAUAAUGACUUGGAUGGCAAGCCAAUGGCCUGUUAAAACAAUUGGACCAGCUAUUCCAUCAGUGUACUUAGACAAGAGGUUGGAAGAUGACAAAGAGUACGGGCUCAACCUAUUUAAGCCUGAUGCGGACGCUUGCAUGAAGUGGCUAGAUACCAAGGAAACUGGCUCGGUCAUUUAUGCAUCAUUCGGAAGCUUGGUCGCCCUGGGAGAAGAGCAAAUGGAGGAGGUAGCAUGGGGCCUAAAGAAUAGCAAUUGCUACUUCUUGUGGGUAGUCAGAGAAUCAGAAGAGAAAAAGCUUCCCAGUAAUUUUCUACAGGAAACAGCCGAGAAGGGGCUGGUUGUGAGUUGGUGCCCCCAAUUAGAAGUGCUGGCUCACGAGGCAGCUGGGUGCUUCAUGACACACUGCGGGUGGAACUCGACACUCGAGGCAUUGAGCUUGGGAGUGCCGCUGGUUGCGAUGCCACAAUGGACGGAUCAAACAACUAAUGCCAAGUUCAUUGUGGAUGUCUGGAAGGUAGGGGUGAGGAUUAAACUGGAUGAAAAAGGAAUUGCUACCAAAGAAGAAAUAGAGAUGUGUAUAAAGGAAGUUAUGGAGGGAGAGAGAGGAAAGGAGAUGAAAAAGAAUUCAAUGAGAUGGAAGGAAUUGGCUAAAGAGGCAGUAGAUGAAGGAGGAAGCUCAGAUAAAAACAUAGUGGAGUUUGUAGCAAAACUUGCACACUCUUAAUGUUUAUGCAAGUGGUAGCUUAUUGGUGAACAAAAAUAAAAAAGAAGUGUAUGGCAAAUCUUUACAAUAGUGAUCGAGAAAUGUUCGAUCUCGCAAGCAACAAAGGCCACUUCUAAACUUCUGUAUUCAAACUCAAUCGUCAACAAAUUGGUCAACUUCAGAUUCCUCAGCACAA